AGCUGGAGAAAUGCGGUGUUCAGGACGGGGAGCUGGGCUGUUACUCCCCUGGGAGAGCAUCCUGUCAGGUGGCAGGAGAUCCCCACUACUUCACCUUUGACCAAGUGAUGCACACCUUCCUGGGCACCUGCACCUACACCCUGGUCCGAGUCUGCAACAGCAGCAGUGUCGUUCCUGUGACUAUCAGUGGCAAAAACGAAGACCGAGGACAAAGAGGGGCCACGUAUCUCAAAGAGGUUUACAUUGACAUCUAUGGCAACCGAAUCACCCUUCAGAAGAAUAAGGCAAUCCUGCUCAAUAAGGAGAGAGUCCACACUCCGGUAAAGAACCGAUUACGAGGCGUGUCAAUAGGAAAUGUGGGCAUUUACAUGGUGGUGGAAGCUGACUUUGGACUGCUAGUGAAAUAUGAUGGAAAUCAGCACUUGGAAAUCAGCCUCCCAGAAUCUUACUUCUCCAAGGUAUGUGGCAUGUGCGGUAACUAUAAUGGCCAGCGUGGGGAUGAGCUGCUCAUGCCCAAUGGCAUGCAGGCUAACAAUGUCACACAGUUUGGAAACAGCUGGAAAGUGGAAGCCGACAGUGAUGCGGGCUGCUUGCCAGACACACAAGAAGAGCUGGGCCCACCUUGCACCGCAGAGGAGAAGCCAGGCAUUGAAAACCAGUGCAAUGUUUUAAAGUCGGACACCUUCAAACCAUGUCACCAUCUGAUUGAGCCUGACCUCUUCAUCCAGACCUGCAUCUACGACAUGUGUAAAUAUGAUGGCAUGCUGUCCACUCUCUGUGCCAUCACACAGGCCUACGUGGACACCUGCAAGAAGCAGGGAGUCAUCAUUAAAUGGAGGACCAGCACAUUCUGCCCAUUGCCUUGUCCAUCCAACAGCUAUUACACUGAGUGUGCUUCUCCCUGCCCAGCCACAUGUAAUAAUAUUUAUGCGUCCUCCCUCUGUGAAAAGCCAGCAGAAUGCACGGAAGGUUGUGUUUGCAAUGAGGGUUACGUGCUUAGCGAUGACCAGUGUGUACUACUGAGCGAUUGUGGCUGCAGGGAUGAUGAAGAUAACUACUACAGCGCUGGGGAGAGCUGGAUAAAACCCCACUGCAGCCACAAAUGCAAGUGUCAGAAGGACAACACCAUCCAGUGCCAGCUCUAUGGCUGUGAUGCUUGGGAGAUCUGUAUUCUCAACAACAAGGGGAAAUACCAGUGUAAACCGACAGGCUUUGGGAAGUGCCUCAUCAUUGGAGAUCCACACUACCUGACGUUUGAUGGCUUGAUGCAUCACUUCCAAGGCAAACAUACAUACAUGCUGUCUCAGACUGUCUCCAGCAUCCCCGACCGCCUGCCAUCCUUCAGCAUUGAGGGAAAGAACAAGCUUUUCCCUGGAGUGUCCCACAUUUCUUUCCUCCAGGAGAUACAUGUCACCGUUUACAAUCACACAGUGUGGUUCAGGCAGAAGAAGCAGCUUGUGCUGGAUGGAGUGAAAACCAUCCCCCCUGCCCAGCCUCAUGAAGGUCUUCGCAUAUACCAGAGACCAACAAGAAUUUACAUGGAGACAGAUUUUGGCUUAUCGAUCAGCUAUGAUGGUGCUGAAAACUUAGAUAUAACCCUGGCCAACACCUACAAGAACAAAGUCGAAGGCUUGUGCGGCAACUUUGAUGGGAAGUAUAAAAACGACUUUACCAAGCCAGAUGGCACUCAAGUGAAGGAUGUGGAUGUGUUUGGGGAAAGCUGGAAAGUCCCCAUCACAAGAACAUUCUCCCGGCGCAGGCGAGAAGUCCUUUCAGACGAGGAGCUUGACAAUGUCGAGUUAAACACAGGGCUCGCUGGAGGCUGCGAUCCCCGUGAGCUGAGCCUUGUGAACGCCACUUCCAAGUGUGGGAUUCUUACCGAUCCAAAAGGUCCCUUUGUAAAGUGUCAGUCCAAUGUCUCCGUCGAGUUCUUCCAGAUGGGCUGUGCCUUUGAUCUGUGUGUGGAAGCCGAGAACAAUGCUGUGCUGUGUCGGCACCUGGAGCAGUACGCACUGGUCUGUCAGGAGAACGGGAUCACUUUGGAAAACUGGAGAGCGCAGACGCCUUGUGAGAUGCAGUGUCCCCCAAACAGCAAGUACAGCAGCUGUAUGACUGCGUGCCCAGAUUCCUGUGGCAACCUGGUGGCCUCCUCCGAGUGCGAGUCGCCCUGUGUCGAAGGCUGCGAAUGCCUCCCUGGAUACGUUCUCAGUGGCUAUGACUGCGUGCCCUACAAGGAGUGCGGCUGCAGCUUCCUCAACACAUAUUAUAAGACUGGAGAAACGUUUGUGACCGAUGACUGCUCUCAGGCUUGUGAGUGCACAACUAGUUCCAGCGUUGCCUGCACCCGGGCAGCGUGUUCCAGCAGAAAGAUCUGUGCCAUCGCUAACUUCACCCGCGGAUGCUACAUACCUGGCCCAUGUCUGCAGAAUCUUUGUGAGAAUGGUGGGACUUGUAUUGAGGAUACAAGCGAAUCCAGCAACAGCUCUUCCAACUUCACUUGUGCGUGCCCUGACGGAUACGAGGGGCCUCUCUGUGAGGCUGAAACACCAGUUGUCCCAUCGAAACCUGGCAACUCUCUGGUCUACAUCAUUGUGGGAGUUUCAGCAGGAAUCAUCGUCCUCGCUGCGAUCAUCUCCCUGGUUGUGUGGCUAUCCAGGUUAAGAAUUAACAGGAAAAAGUCACUGGAAUUCCCCAGAAGGAGGAAUUCGUCUUUGACCCAAUCAAGAGAUGCGCUGGACCAGAACUCACGUGUGCCAGACUACAUUUCCCUUACCAAUGCUGCAUUUGAGUAGGAUGAAAAUCAGUCACGUUUUAAUUACUGGCAUUUUUUUCUUCCAUCUGUUUGUUUUUGUUGUUUUUUUUUGCUGUUGUAUUCUAACAAGUGUUUCUAACCCUUUCCUAAACAAUAAUAAUGUCUAAUAAACCACUGUAUUUCUGAAUGCUCUAAUAUGCUCUGUUCUUCCUAAUGUCUCCUGCAAACCCUUGUUGAAGCCACUUCGUCCUGACUCACACUAGAGAUCUCAUUGACUUCAGGUGCACUGCUCGUUUGAGUCGGGACUGGAUGGAAUUCACCCCGCACAAGGCCUAGCAACAAUUACUUCCCACAUGGCCUAGACACCACUAACGCCCCACGUCAGCCCAGAGAGCCCAGUGCUGGCUCUGUACAAUUAUCCACUGACAUCAGUGGGUUUCCUUGACUAUGCCAGGAGGUUUGGAUCAGGAUCUCUUUGCUGGUCUUCCAUUGAAUUUCAGGUUUGCUGUCAAUUAUAUAGGGGAUGAGCAAUAAUUAAGUCUCUCCUUUGUUCCUGCUGGAAUAUUACUUACUAUUACUCUAAAAACCAUUACGCUGCCCCCUUAUGUGUGUGCACACUCUCUUAUGUGCUGAUUCAUUCACAUCCCAUCAGCAGGGCUGGAUUUCCAAUUAGGCACAGUGGGUACGUGCCUAGGGGCGCUGGCAUUCUAGGGGCACCUUACCUCUCUGAAACGGUGUGCAACACUAAGGUCAGCUGUAGGCAGGGGGGGCACUAAAGAUGCUGUGCCUAGGGGCACGUAAAGUGUAAAUCCAGCUCUGCCCAUCAGCCAGGAGAGUAUUUGGAAGCUACGUGAAUGGUUGGGUGGAUGAAAAGUGCAUUGUUCUGCCAGCACAUUCAAGAACAUGGCCUUUGUCUGUACAUUCAGAAUGUGCAGCUAUUGAGGAGAGA